AUGGAGAACGACAAGGGCGAGAUCGUCGAUCUCUACGUUCCGCGCAAGUGCAGCGCCACCAACCGCAUCAUCAAGGCCAAGGACCACGCCUCGGUUCAGAUCUCCGUCGCCAAGGUUGACGAGAACGGCCGCGCCGUCCCCGGCGAGAACCACGUCUACGCCCUCUCCGGCUUUGUUCGCGCGAUGGGCGAGUCCGACGAUGCCUUCAACCGCCUGGCCCAGCGUGACGGUCUCGUCAAGUCCGUCUGGUCCGCCCAGCGAUAA